AUGGAAGAUUGUGAUCUUGGCCAAUACCGCGAUAUGAUAAUCGAAGGCGAUCUACCGCUCGACCUGCGCCCGCCGCCACGCCUCUACAUCCAGCACUACCUCCGCGACCAGGAGUACCCGCAGGACGACACCUACGUGUCCGUAGACGAGGACACUCCGGAACUGCCGCCGCCUUCCAGCGACUCUGAUAGAUACGACGCGUCCAGCCCGACAGACACAAAACCGAGUUCACCAAAGAAACCCAAGCAGAAGUCAUCGUCACAACUCAUCAAGCCACCCUAUUCCUAUAUAGCUUUAAUUACGAUGGCAAUACUUCAGUCUCCACACAAGAAGCUGACUCUUAGCGGUAUCUGUGAAUUCAUCAUGACACGCUUUCCUUACUACCGUGAAAAGUUUCCAGCCUGGCAGAACUCGAUCAGGCAUAACUUAAGUCUAAACGAUUGCUUCAUUAAAAUCCCUCGAGAGCCAGGGAAUCCCGGUAAAGGGAACUAUUGGACAUUGGAUCCCCUCGCGGAAGACAUGUUCGACAAUGGUAGUUUUUUACGACGUCGGAAGCGGUAUAAGAGACCGGCGCCGUCGCUGCAACACGCUCACGCCGUCGUCGCGAUGCUCGCGAGAGAAGCUUAUGCUCCUCUUUUGCCUUUACCUUGUUAUUUGCCGCCUACGCCGCUGUUAACACUGCCUCGUCCCCCGCCGGCGACUCUACGUCCAGUGCCCCUGCCACCAAGAGUUGCCGAAAUGACGGAACCUAGAGGGAAGAGAUCGCGAAACGGUUUCUCCAUUGAAUCUAUCAUUGGCAAUCAAGAAGAAGCCGUGACGUCAGAGCCACGACGGAGUGCGUUUUCGCCCUUGCAUCAGGGUCACUCGCCGCCGGAUGAUUGGGCCAGGUGA